AUUGAAAUAGUAUCUAUUGCGAAAGCAGCUACCCAAGCACAGCCGGCUUCACAAUUGCAACAUCAAUAAUCAACGACAACAACAACUACAACAUGAUGCAAACGUGUUUAUGCUGAUGCAUGCUCUAAUAAAUGUGUAAAGUGCGAGUAGUAGUAGAAUCUUCACAAAAGAGAGAUUAAGCAAAGCAAAAAAGGGCGUUCAGUUCGUAAAUAGAUUGGGUUUUCUAGCUUAACCAAUGUGGCACUUCCAAUGAAAAAUCAAUUUGCAAUCGUUGGAUGUUCUCAGUAUUGGUUAUUGGCCAGAUGAAUCCAAACACAGCAAUAAUUAAAACCAAAUACAACAACAAAAAACUGUAAAAUAUAGUAUAAGUUUUUAAGUACAUACAGAAAAUGGCAGAUAAUAAUCUGCUAGCUGCUGCAGCGCCAUCUGUCGAGAAUGCAGAGACUGCUAUGUCGGGAUUUGUCCGGGAUUUGAAGCGUCCGCAUCUGGACAUCGAGGAGCAGGAGUUGAAAGUGGCCGGCUUCUCCCUCAGCGCCAUCAAGGAAAUGCGCCAAACACGCGACGCCGAACUCAUGUCGGAACCCAUCAACCAGCAGUUGCGCCAGUUCCAGGUGCUCGACGAGGUAGCCACUGCCAGUGAAGACGAUGACUCAAAUGACAACAGCGACAAGCUGAAUGGCGAUAAUUAUGCUGACGAUGACGAUGGUGAUGGCGAUGGCGAUGCUGGUGACUAUGAUUCAUCCGAUUUCGAUGACGAGGAAAUUGAAAAUCUGCUCGAUGAAAAACUGCCCGACGAUAUGCGGGAAUCGAAGCGACCAAAAUACGAGCAGCGCUUCAAGACUGUGCUGGAAGAGAAGCGGCACAAUCACUUUGAGGUGCUGCCGGAGGGCUGGGUGCAGGUGACCCACAAUAGUGGCAUGCCGCUAUUCCUGCAUCGCAAGUCGCGUGUCUGCUGUGCGGCUCGACCCUAUUUCUUGGGCACGGGCAGUGCACGCAAGCAUGCUGUGCCGCUGGGAGCUAUACCCUGUCUGAACUAUCGACGCGCUCUGGACGAAGAAGCGGGCGUUGUGGAGGAGCCCGCAACGGAGGACAAAACGCAGACGACAGAGGAGGGGACUGACGAAACGAUGCCCGCUUCUGUUUGUCCGGUGAUGCAUGCAGAAGCAAUACCCAUGGAGCUGGAUGACAAAGAGAAUAAAGACGCGUCUGCCGCUGUAGCCAGCACAGGUGACGCUCCCCAAAAUGAGGCCUUGAAGUCGCUGAUACCGGCGGCCAAAAUCGUGACCGUCAAGGAGAACACACAGAAGGAGUCGGUGACACCGGAUCAGCUGAACACCUACUGCCAGAAACUGUUCAAAUUCAAGACGAUUCGUGUGCUGCGCUUUCGCAGUUGGAAUGCCCGUCGCAAAUUCACCAAGAAUCGCAAGAAUAUCAAGAAUAUACAACGACCAACGCUGCCCGACGGCACCAAGCUCAUCAAGUUUCCCAUUUUGGCGGCCGGCGGUGCUGACGGUUCAUCAAAUCCGCGCGGACGCCGCGAGUGGAUUAUGAAUCCAAAUGGCAAGAGUUUUGUUUGUAUCUUGCAUGAGUAUGUGCAACAUGCGCUGAAGACCCAGCCCACGUAUGAGUUCAAGGAGCUGCAGAACGCUGCCACGCCCUAUUCCGCAACGGUUUCCGUUAACAAUCUCAAAUAUGGCACUGGCUACGGCACCAGCAAGAAGCAGGCCAAAUCGGAGGCGGCACGCGAAACAUUGGAGAUACUCAUACCCGAUGUUAAGGACAAAAUAACGGGCAACAACAAGGAUCAAAAGACGGGUACGGUCAGGAAGACGCAAAGUGAUUUGUCAGUUUUCGAUGACAUUCGCAUCGAGGAUCCGCGCGUGACCGAGUUCUGCAACAAAACGACGGAACCGUCGCCAAAUGCCAUUCUAUUGACAUGCCUGCAGCGCAACUUUGGCAGCGAUGUGCAGAUCACCCAGGAGAUCAAUCGCACGGCCAACAACAAAAACGAAUUCACCAUGACCGUUGGCAAGCACACAGCCAAGGUGGUAUGCAAGAACAAGCGGGAGGGCAAGCAGCUGGCAUCCCAGGCUAUUCUGCAGGUACUGCAUCCGCAUAUACAGACUUGGGGCUCGCUGUUGCGCCUGUAUGGCAACAAUUCGAUCAAGACGUUUAAGGAGAAGAAGCUGGAGGAGCAGGAGAUUACCGUGCUGCAGAGUAAGGCGGCUGUUAAUCAGCCCAACCAUGCCAUUCUCGAGAAGCUCAAAUGCGAGAUGCUGAAGCUGAGCGCGAAACGCGAUGGCGUCCACACCAUGGGCACCUUUGUGCCGCCUAGUGAUGUUGACUUGCCUACAUCCUCCGGUUCCAAUUUACACAACGUUGAAUUUUAGUUGAAUUCUUCUGCUUCUCUUUGGUUAUCAACCCCCCCAACUGGCAUGACAAACUGUGACACAGUUACUCUAUGUGAUCCAUUAAAUUAUGACAAACAACAAAUAUAAUGUGUACAACGUCGUGCAUUUUUUUUUAGCAUAUUAUCUACUUAAACACUUAAUAAAUUGCACAUGAUAUUUGCCAAAAUUCUAGUAACAAUAAAUAAAUACGGAUCUAUAAAA